GAAAAACAUCAACCCGUCACUUAGCAAUUGGAUACCAAGCAGUACUAACGUGAACAACGCGGAUAUAAUAUGAUAUAUAUAAAUACAACAAAAUCUAUUUCAUAACAAAUUAAAAUGAUUCAAAUAAAAUUAUUAAUUUGCUUGUUAGUGCUUCACAUCUGCGAACAUUCAUUUGCAAAAAAAUGCGACAGUUGUAAGUUGCUGCGUCAGUGUCCCGAAGCGCUGAAUUUAGUUUCCGAUACGAAUGCCGCAGUGAAACAAAGGCUUAAAGAUGCAUUGUGCGGGACUACAACCGUGGACGGCGUACGACACCCUAUGAUUUGCUGUAACAACUUUAUCACCGUAUCUGUUAGGUUCGCAGACACAGAAACAGAUAUCGAAACACACGAGAACAUCGCACUAUUACCAGAAAACUGCGGUAGUAUCAAUGGAGACCGAAUCGUCGGAGGUUCUUAUGCCAACCUCUAUGAGUUUCCAUGGAUGGCACUCGUCUCUCGUAUUACUGGAACACAUAAUGGUAAAAGACAAACUCAGUUCCACUGUGGAGGAACAGCUAUAAACUCUAGAUACAUUUUGACUGCUGCUCACUGUGUUGUUGGUCAAAGACUAGCUGGAAUCCGCAUUGGUGAUUUUAAUAUAAAUACACCAGAGGAUUGUCAAGGAGAAUAUCCCCACUUCGUCUGUGAGCAACAUAUUCAGGAUAUUCGUAUAAAUAAUACAAUUGUUCACGAGGACUUUAAGGUACUGCCAAGUGUACAAAAUGAUAUCGCACUCAUUCGUCUCAAGUACCCAAUUGACUUUUCAUUUAAAAACGCCAAGCCGAUUUGUCUGCCAUUAUUUAACAAACUUCGAAACAUAAGCCUCGAUGGAAAACAAGCUACUGUUGCUGGAUGGGGAAUUACGGAAUUCUCAAGGGCAUCACCCGUUCUUCGGAAAGUUGAGAUACCAAUAAAGAGUGACAACGAAUGCCGACACUACUAUGAUAGAAAUUAUGAUUCUGGUACAAAUAAUAUUAUAAAUAAGAUAUUAUGUGCUGGUGAGGUAGGUAAGGACUCAUGCAAGGGGGACUCUGGAGGACCACUUAUGUUAGAAGAGCUAUACAAUGACAUUUAUCGGAUGAUUCAAUUCGGCGUCGUGUCUUAUGGACCACAACAAUGUGGUUCUGCUACCCCCGGAGUAUAUACUGAUGUUAGGCAAUAUGUCAAAUGGAUAUUGGAUAACAUCGAACCCUAAAGUUAUACCUACAAAAUUAUCAUGUUACUAUCUACAAAGAUGAAACAUGAAACUUAAACAAAUUGUAUUCAUAUUUCGAAAAGAGCAUUUAUAUUUAUAAUAAAUUAUAUUUUAUAAUAAAUGUGCUUCUAGAAAA